AGGUGCCAUCUCUUGAAGGAUCCAAGCUAUUUUGUAUAAUAAGCAAGGGUCUCUAAAGCAUGAAAAACUCAACCAUGGCUGCAAUUUUUCUUUUUCUUCUUCUUCUUCUUCAAGUCGCAGCUGCUCAACAAGGGAAUAUCAGCCUAGGUGCUUCUCUAUAUGCCAAUAACAACUCAUAUUGGUUAUCGAAUUCGGGUCAGUUUGCCUUUGGCUUCUACAGGCAAGGAAAGGACCUUGCUGUAGGCAUCUGGUUCGAGAAAACCAAUCCGAAAACAAUCAUCUGGACAGCAAAUCGUGAUGCUGUUAAACAAGAGCUACUACCUAAUGAUGUUCAAUUGACUCUGAGGGACAAAGGAGUAGAGCUCAUUUCAACAAACAAGAAUGCCUUCCUUAUACCAAUUUCAAAUUCUUCCCAGCCUGCUGUCAGGGCCUCCAUGCUUGAUUCAGGUAAUUUUGUCCUCUACAAUUCUGAUUCAAACAUCAUUUGGCAGACUUUUGAUGUUCCAACAGAUACCAUUGUAUCCGGGCAGCGUCUGUUGGCUGGAACAAAGCUCAUCUCCUCCAUCUCGAACAUGAAUCACGCAAGUGGAAGGUUUCAACUGAUCAUGCAGACAGAUGGCAACCUGGUUCAGUAUCCAAUUGGUCCAUUUACAUUGCGUCCUGAUAAAUAUUCUUAUUGGCAAACUAAGACAUUCACAGAUGGGAACAAUGUGUCCCUCAAUCUUGAUCAAAAUGGGGGGCUCUAUCUUCUUAAUUCCACUGGUUUCAAGAUAAGAAGUUUAUUUUCUUUUCAGAAAGGCCUUUCUAUGAAUCGUAGCUAUCGUCUGACGAUUGAUGCUGAUGGAAUACUCCGGUUGUACUCCUACAGUUCGGUUCAGAAUGAUUCCUGGUCAAUUGAGUGGUCACCAGAUGUUAGUAAGUGUGCUCCUCUUGGCCUCUGUGGCCUAAAUUCUUAUUGUGUUCUUGUCUAUCAGAAACCUUCUUGUGUAUGUCUCCCUGGUUUCGUUUUCAUCAACGAGGGCCAAAUAUAUUUAGGCUGCAAGAGAAACUUGAGUACAGUUGGUUGCAAAGGUGAGAAUGAAACUUCAUAUUCUAUUGUUGAUGUGGAUAACAUAGCAUGGGAAAACACUCCAUACUCUAUUCUCUCAUUGAAUAAGACUGCUUGUAAAGAGGACUGUUUGAUGGAUUGUAACUGUGAAGCUGCAGUAUUUAGGGACCAGCAGUGCAGAAAACAAAAGCUCCCUCUAAGAUUUGGAAGAACUCGCAAACCCGGUGUGGUGACGACCUUUGUCAAAAAGGGUACUACAGAUGAGAGUUCAGGUACAAAAAUCGAGAAAAAGGGAAGAAAAAAUGAUGACAGAGUCAUGUUUAUCAGCAUCAUUGCAACUUUAAUUUUUUCACUUGUUAUUAUGGCAAUUUCUGGCGUUGUUAUAUAUAGAUAUCGUGUUUCGGAUUACCGAAAGGUUACUAAUUCAGCUGGUGAAGGGUUAAUUGAAGGUGUUACACUGCGGUCAUAUACAUAUUGUGAACUUGAAAAUGCAACCAAAGGCUUCACCAAUCAAGUGGGAAAAGGAGCUUUUGGGACAGUUUUUAAAGGGGUGAUUGGUGGGAGAGAAGUGGCAAUCAAGCAACUAGAGACGGUGGUGGAUGAAGGAGAGCGAGAGUUUCGUAAUGAGAUGAAUGCAAUUGGGAGAACUCAUCACAAGAAUCUAGUGAAAUUGCUUGGCUACUGUCAAGAUGGAACAAAUAGGCUUCUGGUUUAUGAGUACAUGACCAACGGCUCACUUGCGAAAUUCUUUUUCAAAUCUCAUGGUGGAAGGCCAACUUGGGAGGAAAGAGUCAGUACAGCCCUCAAUGUAGCUCAAGGUAUACUAUAUCUACAUGAAGAGUGUGAGACACAAAUCAUUCAUUGUGACAUCAAACCAGAAAAUAUACUGAUGAGUGAGCAGAAAUGUGCGAAGCUUGCUGAUUUUGGAUUAGCCAAGCUGUUGAAAGCCGACCAAUCAAGGACAUAUACUGGCUUCAGAGGAACCAGGGGUUACGUUGCACCUGAGUGGCACAGGAACAUGUCGAUAACAGUGAAAGCGGACGUGUACAGCUUCGGGAUUGUAUUGUUGGAGAUCAUAUGCUGUCAGAGAGGUUCGACCAUGGACAUACCUGAGGAUCUAUUAACUCUUGAGAAUUGGAUGUACCAUUGUUUGGAGGCCAAUGAACUGGAUAAGCUAGUGAAAAAUGAUGAUGAGAUUGACACGAGUAAACUACGGGAGAUGGUUAAGCUUGGUCUUUGCUGCAUCCAGGAGGAGCCAUCAUUGCGCCCUUCGAUGAAGAAGGUGGUACUAAUGCUGGAAGGGAUUCUGGAGAUACCAUCCCCUCCAAAUUCUUUCAGUUCCAGACAUUGACUAAGCCUUGCACUGACUAGACAACAUCUAGAGUUGGCAAUUGUGUAUUUAGCUGAUUAGUGUACCUGUCUAUUAAUUUAGUUUCUCCAUCUACUUUUUAUUGUUUGCUUUGUAUUUUGAUUACAUUUGCUCUUCAUAUAUUAUUGCUACAAGAUGCUAAGGAUAAAAUGAGUAAUUAGAACAUUACAGACUG